AUGAGUUGGAUGUUCCUCAGAGACCUCCUGAGUGGAGUAAAUAAAUACUCCACUGGCAUCGGGUGCAUCUGGCUGGCUGUCAUGUUCAUCUUCCGUUUGCUGGUCUACAUGGUGGCGGCAGAGCAUGUAUGGAAACAUGAGCAGAAAGAGUUUGAGUGCAACGUUAGACAGCCUGGUUGUGAAAAUGUGUGUUUCGACUACUUCUUCCCCAUCUCCCAGGUCAGACUUUGGGCCUUACAACUGAUCGUGGUCUCCACGCCUUCACUUCUGGUGAUUCUACAUGUAGCCUAUCGUGAGGGUAGAGAGAAAAGGCACAGGAAAAAACUCUAUGUCAGCCCAGGCACCAUGGAUGGAGGCCUGUGGUACACUCACCUUAUCAGCCUCAUUGUUAAAACUGGUUUUGAAAUUGGCUUCCUGGUUCUAUUUUACAAGCUCUAUGGUGGCUUUAGUGUUCCCUACUUUAUGAAGUGUGAUUUGAAGCCUUGUCCCAACACUGUGGACUGCUUUGUCUCCAAACCCACGGAGAAAACAAUUUUCAUCCUCUUCUUGGUCAUUACCUCAUGCCUGUGCAUUGUGUUGAAUUUCACUGAACUGAGUUUUUUGGUCCUCAAGUGUUUUAUUAAGUGCUGUCUCCAAAAAUACUCUAAAAAACUCAAGUCCUCAGUGUGUGAGUGCCACAACCUCAGAUAUGUUAAAUAUGGUGAGAUGGGGGCCCCUCCCUUGCUCCAGAAGCACCAUUUAGACUCAGCCAUGAGCCCAGCCCAGGGAGGGGAAACAAAGGUACUCUGUGGCACACAAGAGGCUUAA